AUCAUGACCUGAGCCGAAGGCAGACGCUCAACGACUGAGCCACCCAGGCGCCCCGAUUUUCUGGGUUUUCUUAGAUCUCUCAGAGUUCUUUGGCUGGUGCAUGGGACCUGUUUCCCCUGAUGGCAGGUGGGUCUGCCUGGGCCUGGUCCCCACCGCCCUCCCCCAUUCCUGCAGAGACUGAGCGGCUCCUAACCCCCAGUCCUGGGUAUGGCACCCAGGCCGGGGCUUCCCCGGUCCCUCCGGAAGAGGAGGACCUCCGCCGCCGGCUCAAGUACUUCUUCAUGAGUCCCUGUGACAAAUUUCGGGCCAAAGGCCGCAAGCCCUUCAAGCUGAUGCUGCAAGUCGUGAAGAUCUUAGUGGUCACCGUGCAGCUCAUCCUGUUCGGGCUCAGCAACCAGCUGGCAGUGACAUUCCGGGAGGAGAACACCAUUGCCUUCCGGCACCUCUUCCUGCUGGGCUACUCGGAUGGGGCCGAUGACACCUUCGCGGCCUACACACGGGAACAGCUCUACCAGGCCAUCUUCCAUGCUGUAGACCAGUACCUGAUGCUCCCUGAUGUGUCGCUAGGCCGGUAUGCCUACGUGCGGGGCGGGGGUGGCCCCUGGGCCAACGGCUCAGCCCUGGCCCUCUGCCAGCAGUACUACCACCGAGGCCACGUGGACCCAGCCAACGACACCUUUGACAUUGAUCCCAUGGUUGUCACUGGUGAGUAGGCAGGGCAGGGCAUAACUGUCGGUAGCGCUGGCUGCUGGAAUUAAAAUCCCAGUUCUGCUUCCCAUUCAUCUGGCAGAUAGGGUUGUCCUGGUCGUUAAUAACUUGAUGCUUGCAGUGUCUUUGGUAGAACGCUUGGUGUGCAGAAAAAUGCAAGUGUUGUGUUUUGUUUUUUUUUUAAAGAUUUUAUUUAGUUACUUGACAGAGAGAGA